CCGGUCGCGGCCGCUUGGAACUUGCGAAGCGGUUCUGCAGCCAGCGCCUCGGCCUCCGGAUCCGGUGCGUCCGGCUGCGGGACACAGGCUCGAGUGGGAGGCCGGCCGAGGUGCGGCGCGGCCCCGGGGCCGCAGCCUUCGCAGGCGCCCGCCGCUAGCCGCGCCUUCGCAGCGUACUCCAUGCAUCCCGAGCCUGCCCCGCCCCCGAGCAACAGCAAUCCCGAGCUUCCCUUGAGCGGCGGCAGCAGCACUAGCGGCAGCCGCCGGAGCCGCCGCCGCAGCGGGGACGGGGAGCCCUCGGGGGCCCCACCGCUGCCGCCCCCGCCCGCCGUCAGCUACCCGGACUGGAUCGGCCAGAGUUACUCCGAGGUGAUGAGCCUCAACGAGCACUCGAUGCAGGCGCUGUCCUGGCGCAAACUCUACUUGAGCCGCGCCAAGCUCAAAGCCUCCAGCCGGACCUCAGCUCUGCUCUCCGGCUUCGCCAUGGUAGCGAUGGUGGAAGUCCAGUUGGAUACAGACCACGACUACCCGCCGGGGCUGCUCAUUGUCUUCAGCGCCUGCACCACGGUGCUGGUGGCCGUGCACCUGUUCGCCCUCAUGAUCAGCACCUGCAUCCUGCCCAACAUCGAGGCCGUGAGCAACGUGCACAACCUCAACUCCGUCAAAGAGUCGCCCCACGAGCGCAUGCACCGCCACAUCGAGCUGGCCUGGGCCUUCUCGACGGUCAUCGGGACGCUGCUUUUCCUGGCGGAAGUGGUGCUGCUCUGCUGGGUCAAGUUCUUACCGCUCAAGAGGCAAGCGGGCCAGCCAAGCCCCACCAAGCCUCCGGCACAACCAGCCGUCAUCGCCAACCACAGCGACAGCGGCGGCGGCAUCACCCCGGGUGAGGCGGCAGCCAUCGCCUCCACGGCCAUCAUGGUUCCCUGCGGCCUGGUUUUCAUCGUCUUUGCCGUUCACUUCUAUCGCUCGCUGGUCAGCCAUAAGACGGACCGACAGUUCCAGGAGCUCAACGAGCUGGCCGAGUUUGCCCGCUUGCAGGACCAGCUGGACCACAGAGGGGACCAUUCUCUCACACCGGGCACCCACUAUGCCUAAGCCCACACCUUCCCACUGGCCCUUUGAGGCCUUGGCCUUAUGCCCUUCCCCAUGACCUUGUCCUGGCCCAGUCUGGAGGACGGCCUGUGCAGGCGGCUGGCUUCACCAGGGCAGAGUGUGGAAGGACGAGGCUUAAAAAAAAAAAGAUCACGGCACUUGGAGAUUUUCUUCUGUGAGAAUAAGCUCUCCCUGUUCUUCAGCUCCCCAUCCCCCCUCCUGGUAGGACGGGGGUGGGGGUGGGGGGGUGGAGUGGGGACAGUUGCUCUCUUUGUCCCUUCUCUUCCCCUGCACCAGUGCCACCCGGAUGCUUCCUGUCCUGUCCUAAGCAUCCUUACUUGUUAGCCAAGUGUGUGUGUGUUAAGUGUGUGUGCGCGUGCGCAGGUCUCUCUCUCUCUGCGUGUAUGUGUGCAUGAGUGUGCGCAUGCGCACUUAAUAUGUACACAUAAAAUAUAUUCACAAGGGACACCUCUUUCUCAUGUCUAUGUUUGUUGGGUCUGGUAGAACGUCCAGUCAGGUGAGUCACUAAACAAGUCUUUUUUUUGUUUGUUUGGUUUGGUUUUUUUUUGUUGUUGUUGUUUUGUUUUUUUUAAGAUUUAUUUAUUAUAUGUAAGUACACUGUAGCUAUCUUCAAACACCCCCAGAAGAGGGCAUCAGAUCUCAUCACGGAUGGUUAUGAACCACCAUGUGGUUGCUGGGAUUUGAACUCAGGACCUUUAGAAGAACAGUCAGUGCUCUUAACCGCUGAGCCAUCUCUCCAGCCCUUGGUUUGGUUUUUUGAGACAGGGUUUCUCUGUGUAGCCCUGGCUGUCCUGGAACUCACUCUGGAGACCAGGCUGGCCUCGAACUCAGAAAUCCACCUGCCUCUGCCUCCCAAGUGCUGGGAUUAAAGGUGUGCACCACUACUGGAAGGGGCUCAGGGACCAAACACUAACCUGUCAGGGUCAGAGCCCUAGGAUCAGUCCAACAACUCAACAAAAACUGUUGCUGGGGAGGGAACCCAGGAGUUCGACAAGGCACUCUCCUAAGGAGUUCCACUCUAAGACAGGAAACUUUGCUUGGAAAAUUCCUACUCAAAAGAAACCUUCAGGGAUACUAAUUAAAAUGUGUACCUAGUUGUUUCUUUUGGAGGUAGUGACACUCUACAAAGUCGCCAGAAGACCAGAAACGGGUGUGCACACACUGAACGACUGUUUCUAGGAGAAAUUCAAAGUUAGGUCCCUGAAAGCCUUCGGUCACAGUAGUUUUGUUAUAUGUGAUUAAGACAUUAUGUUGUAUUAGGUGUCAUUGAGUUUAAAGACUACAUAUAUUGCGGGACAGGAGAGAUGGCUCAGUAUUUAAGAGCAUUUGGCUGCUUUUCCACAAGACCCAGGUUUCAUACCUAAUAUGCCAGUUGCAGCACACAACCAUCUGCAACUCCAGAUCCAGGAAUAUCCAAUGGCCUCUUCUGGCCUUUAUGAUUACUAGGCAUGCAUGUGGUUUACAGACAUACAGAAAAGGCUUUUUUUGCCUUUUUUGGGAUGGGGAGGGGGGACUUCGAAACAGGGUUUCUUUGUGUAAUUCUUUUCUGUCUUGGAACUUUGUAGACCAGGCUGGCUUCAGACGUUUACAAAAUCCACUCCCAAGUGCUAAGAUUAGAGGCGUGCACCACCACCACCACUGGGCCACAUUAAAAACAUUUAUUUUUUUUUAAUGAAUGCUAUAUCGGGGGCCGGAGAGAUGGCUCAGAGGUUAAGAGCACUGGCUGAUCUUCCAGAGGUCCUGAGUUCAAUUCCCAGCAACCACAUGGUGGCUCACAGCCAUCUGUAAUGGGAUCUAGGGCCUUCUUCUGGUCUUUAGGCAUACAUGUAGGAGACUGCCAUAUACAUAAUAAAUAUUUUAAAAGAAUGCUAUAUUGCGGCUGGCGAGGUGGCUCAGUGGUUAAGAACACAUACUGCUAAGUUCAGUUUUGAGUGUUGGCAUCAGGCACUCAAACUCCAUUACUCCAGUUCCAGGGUAUCCGUUGCCACCUUCUGGCCUCAGAGGGAACUGCACACAUGUAGUGUAUAUACAUAUAUACAUAAAAAUCCUUUCUAUGACUUGAGAUCAAAGUGUUCAGUGGUUAAGAGUGUUUGCUGCUUUUUGAGAAGACCUGAAUUCAGUUUCCAGUGUCCACAUAGGGCAGCGUAUAAUUCCAGCUUCAGGGGACCCAACAGCCUUUUCUGGCUUCAUUGGGCAGUGCACACAUGAUGUGUGCUGGCACCAACACACAGAUAAUCCUUGUCAGCUUAAACGGGACCUUCUGAAACCAAGGAUAUUACCAUUCCUGAGAACAGGAUUUUUUUUUUUUUUUUGUAGCCCAGGCUGUGCCUUGGUCUUCCAGGAACAUCCACCUCCCACAUGUUGGAAUUAACAGUGAUGCUGCAUGUCUUUAUUGGGUGCUAGGAGUGAAAUCAAAGGCACUUCUAUGCUAGGCAAGGACUCUGUGCUGUCUAGAUCGAUACCCCAAAUUUAGGAAAUUGAAUUUUGUAUAUUGCAUUUACCACCUGAUAACUCAGAUUCCUACUUGCCCUAGGAAUGCCCCUUUCCCUCCAUUCCAUUUGUAGUCACCAGUUGUCUCCUCUUAUUCGGACCCAUCGCAUGGCUUUUGUCUUUUCAAAUAACUGAGCCUUGGGAGGUUUUAUUAAGAGAGCUGAAUAUAGCCCAGGCUAGCCUUGAACUCACUGUGCAGUGGAUUACCUUGAACUAAGACUCCUCCAACUCCCAAGUUGUGGGCUUGCUGGUAUAUACCCCCAUGCCAGGGGUCUUGCAGAACUAGGGCACAAGUUCAGAGCCAUGGGAGUGCUGCCCAGGCUCUCAGCUGCCACCCCCAGCCCAUCAUCAUUUUUUUUAAAUGUGUAUGAGUGUCUGCAUGUAUGUAUGUAUGUAUGUAUGUAUGUAUGUAUGUAUGUGUAUCACGAGCAUGCCAGGUGCCUCUGAUGGACAGAAGAGGGUGUCACAUCACCUGAGAACUGGACUGACAGGUAGCAGUUAGCUACCAUGUAGAUGCUGGAAACAAGGCUAGGCUCUUCUGUGGGAGCAGCGGUGCUUUUAUCUCUGAGCCAUCUUGAGCCGUCUGUCCAGCCCAGAUAUUAACAUUUUUUUUCCUAAAGCAAUCAGACCUAUGGUUUUACAGAAUGCCUUGGGGUUUACUUUCUCUUAAGGUUUUUUUUUGGGUUUUUUGGGUUUUUUUUAUGUUUUUUUCCUGGUUAUAAUCAGAUUGUGCAUUUCAGUAGGAAUACCCUCUGAGGGUUUAUCAAUCCAACUGAAACAAAAUAGGACUAGUUAGCUAUUUGUGUGUGUGUGUUGGGGGGAUGCUCUAAGUACUGUAAUGCUCGUCCAAUCCUCCCCUUCUCAGAAAGUUAAUCAUCACUGUGCAGCAGACAAAAGUUGCUGCUCAGGAAAGUUAAGGUAGUACACCUCUGUGUCACGUAACCAGAUAGGCACAAACAAACAAACCAAAAACGAUUUAUCUUGGUUAA